CAAUCACACACCCACCCCAAUCAUACACACACCCACGCAGACGCACAUCUCACACGCACGCCCUGCCGCGAACAGGCGGAGCUAUUCGAGCAGUGCUUCAUCACACCGGCACACACACAGAGACACACACACACCCAGCCCGCCUGCACGCUCACUACAGCCCGCGCUGCGCAUGCACCAUCACGCACCGCCCUUGCUCGCUCCGCGCACAUCAUCGUCGUCGUCUGCACCAUCAUCUCGCAUCGCCAUGGCUGCCACCGCCGCCCUUGCUCCGUGCGCAGGCGAGGAGCGGCGCUCGGUGCUGUCGCUGCUGCGCCAGGCGCAGUGCCGCUACGAGAGCCUCAACAUAUCGGACGACGUGUUCGGCGAGUCGGGGGACGACGCCACGGACGGGGGCGACAGCAGCGCGGGGAACCCCUUCUACAGCUCCUCCGACAGCUCCUCGGAUCGCGGCGGCGGAGGCGCCGCCGCCGUGGCCGCCGCGGUGGCGGAGGCGGCCGGGGGAGACGAGGGCGAGGCGAGCGAGGCAGCGGAGGACGCGGGGUUGUUCUUCAGAAACCCGCUGGCCGAGGAUGCCGAGGAGAGGGGAGAUGACGGGGAGAGGGAGGCGGAGGAGUGCGGAGAAGACGGGUGGAGCAGCUGCCUGCGGGACGCGGCGCCUUUCCCUGAGUUCACGGGGAGCUGCGGCCCCACGCUGCAGAUGCCCGCGUCGGCCACUCCGGCGGACUUCUUCCAGCUGUUCGUGCCCGAUGGCCUCCUCAAGAUCAUGGUUUCCCAGACGAACGCCUACGCUCGCAAGUUCCAGGAGCGCUUCGGGCAGGAUCCUGCCUGGCACGAAGUGGACGUCGCCGAGAUGCGAGCCUUCCUUGGCGUGGUGGCCUCCACGGCGACGCACCACUGCGAGUCGGUGCUCAGCAUCUGGGGUGGCGGUUUCUACGGCAACCGCAGCGUGGCGGUGGCCAUGACGCGCAUUCGCUUCGAGAAGCUGCUCAAGUACUUUCACGUGGUGGCGUUCCGCUCCGCCCGCGAGGACCUGCCGGGCCUCUACAAGGUGCAGCCCUUCCUCGACUCGCUCAAGUCAUCCUUCGAAGCUUCCUUCAUGCCCUCCCAGACGCAGGUGCUGCACGAGCCGCUGAUCGAGGAGGACCCCACCUUCCUGGCGGCGUGCGCCAGCGGCGGCUGCGCGUCCGAGGGGGGUGAGCGGCGGCGUAGGAAGAAGCGCAAGUUCGGUCUGUGGGUGCGGCAGUGCUCGCAGACAGGGUUCAUCUGCCAGAUCCACGUGCAUCUUAAGGAGAGCGGCAGCAGCGGCUCGGACUGCCUCGACGCCUUCCGCAGCAAGUCCCAGCUGCACGGCCUGGUGGCCAGGAGGCUGUGCCACAACCUCCCCCCGAGCGGCUACGUUAUCUUCUGUGGGCCCAGCAUCACCAGCCUGCCACUCUUCCAAGAGUUCCAGGAAAAGGGCAUCCACUGCUGCGGCCUGCUGAGCCCACGGAAGAGUGAUUGCACGGGAUUGCCCCGCAUGGCCCUGACGGGGCCGAAGCACCCGCUGGCUCGUGGGCAGCACAGCGCCCUCAUCAAGGGCAGCACCUCCUUGCUCUGCUGGUCCAACAAGAGCCUCUUCAGAUUCCUAACCAACGCCUACUCGCCACUCAAGCAAGGAGCCAUCAUCAAGCGCAAGGGUGGACACCUGAUGGAGGUGGCUUGCCCACAAGCUGUGGAAGCCUUCGCCGCUCACCUGGGCUACAUCUGUAAAUAUGACGACAAAUAUAGCCGGUACUUCAUAUCGCACAAGCCCAACAAGACGUGGCAGCAGGUGUUCUGGCUGGCGCUCAGCAUCGCCAUCAACAACGCCUACAUCCUCUACAAGCUGUCCCCUGCCUACCAGGCGCAGCGCUACGGCCGCGCGCAAUUCGGCGAGCGGCUCGUGCAGCAGCUGCUGCGCAUCCCCGAGGCCAACGGCCCUGCCACGCCUUCCCCGGGCACGGGCGACGCUCCGGGGAGUACGGCCGCUCCGGGGAGUACGGCCGCUCCGGGGAGUACGGCCGCUCCGGGGAGUACGGCCGCUCCGGGGAGUACGGCCGCUCCGUAGACCGGUGGCUCUCUCCGAGGGAUGCAAGGUCCUAUGGACUAUUUUCGGUUUACCAGUGCUUGUCUUAUUUUCCCGGGAUUAAAAGCGAACGUAAAAAAAUGUCCGCGCCGCCGCUUGGGUGGCACGUGCGGCGCUGUGCGAAGCGCGGAGUCUUCGUCGCUCUGCCGCGUCUGGGAUGCAACGCUUAACGGGCAGAGAAGCUAUCGCCAGGUUUACAAUUAUACCAUGCCACGUGCGACUGACAGGGAGCUCGUUCUCUCGUGUUGUCUUGCAUAUCCAACUCUUUAUCGCGUGCUCUGCGUUUCUCUGAAUUCCCAUUCUGGGUCCCAAAGACAUCUCGGCUCGGUGGAACUAGCGGCCGUGUGUUUGUGUCGUGAUUGAAAACUCGUCUGAGAGGUUUUUAGUAGAGGCUGGAUAUAAACACACACCUCGGGUGGCAAGGCCACGUGUGCUUAUAUCCAAAAUAGUGUGCUUGUAUCAGAAGCCGUUCCCCACCUGCCUCUCAUCAGUGUAACGUAAGGAUGUCUUUAUUUAUUUACACUUGUGAAUAUUAUGGUCCUUGUUUACCCAGGAAAGCCUCACUGAGUCUCAAGACUCCAGGAGGGUCCUGCCAAGUUUGCACAGUAGGGGGCGAUGUUGCUGUGUGUGGUCCCAAUUGAGUCAUUUGCAGGUAAUUGUUCAGCAUUGGGAUGUUUGACCAAUACCGGUGGCGUUGUGUAGUUUAUUUUCGGCGAUUGAAAGAAACCAGAGAACCCAGAGAGGGGGGAUACCCAAUGUAGAAACGAGGGAGAACACACAAACUCCACGCAGAAAGCCACCAGAGUCAGAUAUGUAACCCAGGCCCUCCUUGCUGUGAGGCACAAACGUUACCACUGUGCCACUAUGCUGCCCUUAUACCAGAAUUGUGUUUUAUAUAAACCGUCUACUGGAUUGAUAAAUAAUGUUUUUGUUAUUUCAAUUUUUUUAUAAUUACAAAAAUAACUCAGAAAUGUGUACAUCAAUUGCUAGAUGAGGCCCUCCCUAUGCCGUUUCAGUGACCAGGUUUGUUUGACCAUACUUUACCAUGCCGGUUGGUGCAGUGCAUUGAAGUCGCCAGCUGUUUGCACGGUGCACGAACCGUUGUCCCACUACUCCCCACGCGAUUAUAUUUGUUUAGGCAAUUGACGCAAAAUCUAGCGUUGAGGAAGUACGUUGGUUCUGUGAGCGCGGCAGGAGAGCAAGACGUCACGGCGGCCGGCAAACCCGAUGAUCACCUUUGCAUGCCGAGUCUACGGUGCAUGGCACGGAGAGACGCUAUACCCACACGAUGCGCCACAGGCGGUACCUGUCUGGUGGUGAUCAUGGACGACUGCACGAGAGGGCUGCAGGCGAGUGGUAGCGCGUGCGUGUAGGGGGCUGGGCUCUCCCAUUUUUGCAAGUAAUCGAUGACAGAAUUAUUGGUCCGAUUAUAAAUCGGAUAAAAUUAUGAAUAUUGGAUUUCCACUUUUCUUCUAUCCUAAGUGGAAAAUGCCCCCAUAACGCAUCUACAGUAACGUCAAAAGCGCCCCUCUUCCAUGUCAGAAAACGCCUUGCCUUGAGAUUCUAGUGUGUGUGUAACACAAAGAUACUUGCUAACAGCACUUGCCCUAACAGCCUGUUACAGGCUAUGCGGGGGAUCUUUGUCUUUACGCAUUAGCGUGUGAUCCCUGCACUACGGUCAUCUGGACCUCGGUCUCCACUGCGUCCUGUGGCUCUGCCUCGUGGUGUCACCGUGGGCCUCUCCAUGAGUGAGAGGCCGGGCAGUGCAGUCAUGUGGGGCGGGAGGGGGGGGGGCGACUCUGCCCCCCACCCCAUGCCACCACGCGGUGUCUGCAGGGCGCUCUGAAGCGAUUGUCGGCCGUGCCGCGAUCACUGUGGCUUUGUGGCUCACAGCUGAUGUCAUUGUCCCUGCAAGUCCUAAAUUUGAACAUUAACCUCAAAAUUAAAUUGUAAACAUGAAUAAUUGCCACUAAAGAACUCUGCAUAAUUACGUGUGAGCUUGCCAACAUGGUCGUUAAUUUCUAAAUGGGCUCUUCUCACCUCGUUAACUCUGAGACCAUUCAUCAUCAAGGCUGGCCUGAGGCGUCAAUACUCUCACGGUCUCGGGAGGCAACAGCAGCAGUCCGUGCAGUGCCUGCGCCUCAGCCAGCCUCAUCAUCAUCAUCAUCUCCCCAUGGCUGAUGAUGAAUCCAGACACACCGAUACUCAGCACUCCCCCUUUGUUGUAUGUUGAACUUCUUUCGCACCAUAUGGAGCCAACCGUGAUAAUCAGGUGCGGGGGAAGCGCAACAAAAUAAACACAAAAAGCUGUUUGAAAACAUUUCUUUAUAUCUAGAUUUAAAAGUGCUGCUAAUUUCGCGGGUUUGUUUAUGCUUCUUUAAGUCUGUUAAUUUAUACAGGUGCCCAGUGCCAUGGUUUUCAAUUCGAAGAUAAAACAUUUAGAUUUUUUUUAAUGAAAAAAAAUGUGUAUCCUAUACCGUGUGAUUUCCCAAAAAAUCAAGUCUCUGUUGUACAUUGUACUCGAGUGGUGACCGUGUUCGUAAUGUCCUCUGUGGAAGGGAGUAGUGCGGCUCAUGCUGGAGUGCCACCCUCGCUCGUUCCGCGUGGACGCAGAAUCGCUGGAAGCCGCGCCUGUCCCCCUCGUGGCAGAAGCGACGACGUCCCCUGCGGCCGCACCACGGCACAGCGAGAGAGACCGCCGCUCCACACGUGACUGCCACAUUCAUCAUUACUGCUGCCUCAUAAAAAAACACACAUGAGGUGGUAGGGUAGUGGCACAGCGGUUAGCGCACCGCACUACGAACCCGCUGGCCUGGGUAUGAGCCCCGGCCGCUGCUCCCACAGGUGGCGAGUCAUCGCUCGCACCCCUUCACAAAUCCACUAUGACCAGCAUGGUGAAGUAUGGUCAGUCACCCCCCCCCCUCAAUUACACGAUGUGGGGAGGUCUUCAUCCAGUAGUGGAUUAACAAAAGGCUGUAAACUUAUUUUCAUCAUCAUGAUAAAAUUAUGAUGAUAAUCUCAAGUGUUGGGUAGUUGCUUUAUUUGGUGUAGAACGGCAGGGACAUUGCCCUAAGCAUUUGCCCAUUACUUCUGCCCGCUCUAUUGCACAGUUACUGAUCUAUAUCGCGAAAUCUAAUAUAUCCACGACUGCCAAUGCAGUUCCCUUACGGAUGUUUUGGUUUAAUGUAUAGCAUUUCAAUAUCGGGGCACGAGCUGGGAAAGUGUGGAGCUAAGAUGCAUAACCACGAGACCAAGCAGGCUCCACAGGCGAGGGGACAUUGGUCAGCGUGCACGUGUCUCAGCGUGCACGUGUCUCAGCGUGCACGAGUCUCAGCGUGCACGUGUCUCAGCGUGCACGUGUCUCAGCGUGCACGUGUCUCAGCGUGCACGUGUCUCAGCGUGCACGUGUCUCAGCGUGCACGUGUCUCAGCGUGCACGUGUCUCAGCGUGCACGUGUCUCAGCGUGCACGUGUCUCAGCGUGCACGUGUCUCAGCGUGCACGUGUCUCAGCGUGCACGUGUCUCAGCGUGCACGUGUCUCAGCGUGCACGUGUCUCAGCGUGCACGUGUCUCAGCGUGUCGGUACUUGUCCUGCCGACAAUGGAUAUGCGCUCGUCGGCGAGGAUCGGUGUGGAAAUCCGAGAUGGGCACCGCGCGUUGUUCCUGACUCCAACCCCGAGGGAGGUGGUGGCUCGGCGUUGCCGCUCGGUUGUGCGGCCACGACGCCUCGAGAGACGCUCGCAGCGCCGGCCCGUGUCGCUGCAAUAAAGGAGCUUGGCUAGUCCACACUCGGUGCGUGUUGCCGUGCGUCGCCGCACACUUCGUUAGUGAACCGCACAUGUAUUUUGCACUUGAUGUUACACACGUGUAACAUGUUACAACGUCCGUUGGCUGGCGCUCUUCCAAUGUUAUAGCCAUGGCUACCAAAGUAAGCUCAAUGUGGGUGUUUGUCACGGAAAGAGCACAUGAAUUAAUUAUUGCUGCCGGGGGUUUGCUUCAAUUGCGAGCAAUACCCUCUGCGGUUGAGGCCUUGGCAAUGCAACCCGAGUGCUGAAUGUGCUGAUCCAAACACAAAUCUCUCCAUUGGUAACAGCAGGGAGAGAGAGAUCACCUGGCGGGGAAUUGUCCACCACGACGCUGGCAGUAACCCACGAGCGAGUUGGUCAGCCUCAAGUCGUGAAAAUGGUGAAUGCGGUACGGCGCAUUAGAUCGUUGUUAUUAUUAUUAUCCACAAGCAGUUGGAGUCAAUUUUGUUCGGUUUUGUGAUUUUAACAUCUCCAACGUUCACCUAUUUCAUAAUGAUCACUUCAAACUUAGUUUUUACCCAACAUGCACUUUACUAUUUUAACAAAACGUUGCAUCAAAUUACACAUUAAUUUGUUGUAUAUGUAAGCCUUGCUCACUACGGAGAUAAUCUUUGGGUCUUUCGGUAAAGUCACGUAGAUGGGUUGAAAGAAAAUAACAAAAAACUACGACGUUUCCAUCACAACACAAGCGGUCGUCAUCAGGAGGAAAGACAAUCGUUUGUGUUGUGAUCGCAACGUAGUAGUUUUGUUUAUUUUAUGUUUAUUAUUUUUUAUUAAUUUGUAUCUACGUGACUUAUCCGAAAGAGCCAAAGAUUAUACGGAGAUGUUGUUAGUUUUGCCAUCUUGUUUAUGUUCAAGAGAUGCAAACAGGAAUUAAAUGUGGCGCUAGUUUUAUUCUCCUGUUCCACUCGUAAGGAAAACGAGCCUUUAGUCCGUCCAAGGACGGGUGCAUUGUAGUAAAUGUGAAACUUGCAAAGGAAAAUCAGACCGUGACGUCAUAUAUAUUCAUUGCAUCAAUUCGUGUGCAAUUUGUCAGGGCGCAGUGACAGACUUGUUUCGUCACCUGAAGAAGGCCACUUGUGUUGUGACCGAAACGUCGUGAGAAUAUUGUCUUAUUUUGUUUUAUUGUUUUAAUCUCAUUCUACGUGACUUUACCGAAAUAACCAAGAAGACUUAUUUCAUUU